AAACACGACCUCCGCUACGUAUUCAUACUAAAUCGCUUGCUCCCUCCAACAACCCGCGUCUUAGCAUGGUCUUCCAUUUCCCCCGAUUUUUCUGCUCGAUUCAACUGUAAACACAGACAUUACAAAUACUUCUUCACCUCUCAUGGACUCGAUGUAUCUCUAAUGCAAUCAGCUGCAAACCAUCUCGUCGGCGAACAUGACUUUCGCAAUAUGUGCAAGCUUGAUCCAGGAAAACAAAUCACCAACUUUCACCGCUGUGUCAUGCGCGCACAGAUCAAUCCGCUCUCUCCAGAGUCUGACGGCGAUAACCGAGUAUACGUAUUCGAUCUCGUAGGAUCUGCUUUCCUAUACCAUCAAGUUCGACAUAUCAUGGCUGUCCUUUUCCUCGUCGGAACAGGAGUUGAACAGCCAUCCAUCAUACCAGCUCUUAUGAACGUCUUUCAUGCAGAAUCAGACUCAUCAACUAAGUCUCCGUUGCCACUGGUAGAUCGCAAACCCGAGUAUCAGAUGGCAGACGCCCUUCCUCUCAUGCUUUGGGACUGUGCAUACGCAGAUUCGGAUGUCACGUGGCAAACAGACGGCGACGGUACAGAAAGCGACGAGCACUUCCUCACAGCUGCCACUCAAUAUCAUUCUCCACCACCUCAAUACUUCCCUUUCAGUCAGACAGGACUGACGCCUUACACGCUCCCUCAUUCGACCUCGGGCCGAGAAGCGGUCCUUGGUGUCCCACUCGGUGCAGGGACAUACAAGCGCAACGCAAGGUACAUUCCUUUGUUGGAGAGGAAGAGACUUUAUCACGUCGAUGUGGCCAACGAACGAUGGCGGAUAGGUAGGGGGAGCAAGUAUAGCAAGCAAAAGACGCCUGAUGAUGGAACCGAAUGA